AUGCAACCAGAGCCUACUGUCGUGUCUCAACAUACACCCCCCGUUGACUCAUACCCAGUCACAAUCAGUCCCACCCAGCAUGGACAUGACCUCGACGGCGCUCAAGUCUCUGAUUUCCUCGAGGGAGAGGAUAUCAGAGACUUUGCAGACGUCCCGAGCAUGUCGACAAAAGUCGAAUCCGACGCGUCCUUGAACGGGGUCGACGGUCGCUCUUCCCCGCCCUCGGUCCACCGGGUGAGCCAGCAUGAGAAUGCUCGCACUCCCCUCAGACAAGCAGCAAAUGCUGGGGUAUGCUUAGUGGCUUCUGUUAGACAGUCGCAAACGUCUCUGGAGGCAUUUCCGAAUGAGGUUCUCACCCAUAUCCUAUCGCAUCUACCUCCACAAUCCCUGUCCGCCAUAACAUUGGUGUCCCGUCGAUUUCAUGCGCUAGUGACCACUCCUCAUGCUUGGAGAAUCGCCUUCUCGCGAUUCUUCCCCGGGCCCCAUGCCGUUGAGGAUGGUCGGAGUACUAAUACCGAUGCGACAGAUCUACAGUCGGACAGGCGAUACUUUGCGAGGCUGACCGCAUUAGCCUCCUGGCGCAGCGAAUACAUCUUGCGCACUCGCUUGAUGCAAUCGUUAUCCCGGGGCAAACCGGCGAGGUUCGACCCGCCCAAGAAGCAUGGAACUGUACGCACGGCGAGCGCUCGCCAUGGUAGUGCCAUAGCCACGUAUACAUCACAGCUCCUCUUUCCGGUCAGUCAUAUACAUGCCUCUUUCAGGCCUGACAAGAACCCUCUCUUCAUCCAUGGAGCCGCAGAGCAAGGGAUUGCGUCUUCCAGUGACCCAUCAACCGUCAAAGUUGGCACCUGGGGUGUCUCCGACCACCAAAUGUUCCGCCACUUUGCCGAUACGUUUCCUGGUGAAGCGCAGUACGGCCUCGGAUCGGGUGAUAUGGUCGGUGUACCCAACUUGAUGGACGUCAGUCAACCAUAUGGCAUGAUAUAUGGCGAAGGCUGUCCCCAGGGGCGCAGUUACUUUAUCUCAACGACGGAGCAGCGUGGUCGUUUCUUGGGAUCUUCGGAUUUAGCUUCUCAUCCACCACUCGGCAUCCCCGCCGUGAACAUGAUCACACAUGCUGUCUGUUCGGUGUGGAUUGCCAAAUCCCCUCACAUCCUCAAGAUGACCCAGGGGCUGGUGGGGAUGCUGUCUGGAUCGUCUUCCGGCGUGUUGACUGCGUACUCUCUGGGCCCUCAUCCGACUUAUGAAAGGCGGUACGAGCAAGGUCAAGUGACUGCUAGAUGGGUCCUGUGCCCUGGUGUUCCUAUUAUUGGAAUUGCCGUGGACGAUCAAUAUUCAUCCAAGCGCCAUUCUGGAAAACGAAUCUGGGCUGUUGCUCUUAAUGCCCUAGGAGAAAUUUUCUACCUCACUGAACUUCCUCGGGCACCUGAUAUCCCACUCACAGCCAAACUAAACACCGAGCAGCUUGACGAGAUGGCAUGGAAGACUGGUAGAAGUGUGCAUUGGGAAAUGGUCGAAGCGAGCAGACGUGUGGCACGCCCAGACCCCUUUAAUCGCGAAUUGGUCGAUGGCAGCUACAGUCCGCGAUCGUCAUCGGAUUCCAUGGGCCUCAAUGAACACCAGAUUGCUGCCGAAACCAAGGAGAUUGAAAAAUUCAUGUCUUUCAAGCCUAAAUACUUCCGCAAAGUCUGCGAAAGCUGGGACAUGCAGCGCGAUCUUAAGGUGGACUUUGCUGGCGAUGACGGAUACGGGGCAGGCGAGUCGGUUAUUGUCAUCGCUCGCGGCUCGGGCGAAGACGCAAAGGCGUCGAUCCGGCGGUUCAUGCGCACUGCUUCUAGGUCUGGUUUCAGCUCAGCCACGCCAGCCACGCCAGAGCCCAUGUUGGAUUCGGAAACUCUGCCAUCACUCUUCGGCGGCCCGGUGAACAUACCACGUCCGACCAUCACCAGCAGUCUUCCUCCUCGAUCCUCCGGACGGAUGGACUCACCUUCGACCCACUUCGGAUGGUGUCUAUCAGAUUUUGUUUUUGGCGAUCGCAAAUCUACGGAAGUGAGCGCUAGUGCGCUGGAUGUAUCCACUUUCGCGACUCUCACAGCCGAAGAGGAUCCUCUUUUGGCUAUGUCUGGGAGCUCUCCUUCGUCUGCAACAUCUUCCCCAAUGUUACCGCAUAUGGAUCAGCCGCGGUCGGGCCUGGAAGUUCCUGGGCAACGCGCUCGAUACCUAGCUGUUGGAACCCGCACGGGUAUGGUGUUUGUCUGGGAUAUCCGAGCCCCGGCGGCGAAGUCUACGGAGAUCAUCAAUUCCAUCUCCUCAUUGCGCACCAUUCAAACAGACUCGCCCCAGGUAUCUUCCUUGGCCAUCACGUCGUUGUACCUUGUCCAUGGCGGUAACGAUGGCCUCGUGCAAGCCUGGGAUCCAUUAGCGUCAUCUACCAAGCCAAUCCGGACGGUCAAUUCCCGUUUCUCGACCCGGGCCCGUCGUCGGCUUGUGCAGGCUGAGGCCUCUAUUCUAGGUGUUGGAAACAAUUACUAUGCCACAGGCGCUAUCUGCCUUGAUUCCGACCCGACCGUCCUGCGUGGAAUGGUAUCACUCGGUACCCACUUGCGAUACUGGUCGUACAGUUCCUCCGAGGCUGAUCAGUAUAAGAGCAGCAAGCGCCGCCUUCGCCACCUACUGCGUGGCAGCAACGGGGCUGCCGAAGGCCAACGUUUUAACAAUAGUGGUCGGGGUGCAAUCGAGGACUUCAUUGAAGACGAACGCGUGGAUAUGGAGCGUCAGAAAAUUGCUGAUGAAAAAGAACGAGCACAUUUGAGUGCGCGUUUCGGAAUCGAUCUUCUUGGACCAGACAUCGACGAGGAACAGCUUUUGGCGUAUGCCCAACUCCUAAGCGAGGAGGCCUGCUCUAGCGAUGCGGCGAAACCCAAGGACAGCGUCGCAAUCUCCAGCUCGGCCACAAGCGCUUCAUUCGACACUGUUGGUCCUAGUUUGUUUGGCCCUGACGAGGUGUCUUCCUCGUCGUCUCCCUAUCAAAAGCCCACAGACGAUGAGGAUGACGACGAACUUGCCGAAGCAAUUCGCCUUAGCCUGCUUGAAGAGCAAGGUGCUGCUUGGCCAUUUGACCAAGCUUCGUCUAUCCCUAUCAAGUAUGCCAAGGGAGUAUGUCCGCCUCGACAGCCAUCGCCUGGAGCCGAGGAGGCUGAGAGCAGUAGACAGCAGGAGAUGGAUGACCUGGAGUUCGCGAUCCAACUUAGUUUGGCUGAGGGCAAGAGUCGCGAGGAUGGGGAGGAGGAGUGGGAGGAAUUCCCAUCUCUCGCGGGACCAAUACCUGCCUCGCCAUCAGGCAAGGGCAAGGGGAAAGCGAGGGUUAUUUAG